CCCGGACCGUCUGCGGAAUCGGAUUGACCACUCAGGUGAUUUUUUUUGGUAAUGGGAAAUUGUCAUAAAAGUUCUUAACUUUUCCAAAAAGUGUCGGUUUUACCAUUAGAUGAGUUUUGAUGAUAAUAAAACCGGAUACUUUCGCUAAAGGUUUCAAAUAUCUCAUUUAAGAGGUUGCACCUUUAGCAGCCGGUUACCCAUAUGUUGAUUUGGCACUUUAGGUGACAUGUCAAACAUGGGCCCCAUUUUAUAACCCUCUCCCACAUAACCCUUCCCCUUCCCCCCGUUUCUUGCACCCUCUCUCAUCCACAGUAUUCUUCCACGCAAAAUGCCAACAUCUUCUGUAAAAUCAAGCUCGAAUGUGAAUUCACGAUUUAAGAAGAAGAUCAAAGUGAAGUGUUGGUGUGAAGAUUUAUGUCUUGUGUUUGUUUCCCGCACACCAGAAAAUCUAGUCAAGAAAUUUUGGGGUGUACUAAUUAUAAGGGAGAAGGAGGUUGUGGGUUUUUCAGAUGGGUUAACGGUAAAGGAGUUCAAAACAAGAUAUGAUGCCAGAGUCAAAUUGGCUUAUAGAGCAACGACAAAUGAUGUCAUUAAUGCAGAUGGUUGUUGUUUUGUUAGGGGUUAUAUUGUUCAUGCUUGUUUUAGUAGUAUACAAGAUUUAAUGGCAGUUGGUUGUUAUGCCACUGGUAUUGUGAUCUUGAAAUAUAUAGCUUUUGAUAGUAUGAAAUAUGUAGCUUUUGAUGGUAUUUGAUACUUUGGUAGGUAUA